UGUUUAUAGAGUUUAUUAAUAAUUUUAAUUUUAUUACUUACUUUUGGAAUUUAAUAAUUUCAGCAAUUGCCACAAUUCACAUGUGGAUGGAAUAAGAUAUUACCUAUCUGUAUAUUCGUUAAACGUUAAAUCUGCUUGUCUUUCUACUGGAAUUAACAGCGCUACUAAUUCAAGCAUUAAUGUUAACAGGAUCGAAAUGGAACCACCCAAUAUAUAUAUAGGAUCGGAAACUUCCCUAUCAAGUCCUAUAAUAUUACCAGUAAUUAAUGAUCCAAGUCCUGCUGAAAAUCCUCAACAGAUGUCAAAAAAUAUUGACUGUGAAAGUACAUCUUCUGUUCUUCCCCUGCCACUACCGUACAGGCACCUGGCUAAUGUGGUCAAAGCCAUGGAUGUUCUGUUUGCUUCCAUUCAUGAAAAAAGUGAAAUGACAUUCUCUAAACUAAAACUCUCUAUUGAAGAAAUUAUGGAUAUGGAAUUUACAGAUAAGCUUUUGGGGCAAAUCUUAUAUUUAGUGCCAUAUUUCUAUAAUAUGAAAUUAAAGGACUAUGCUUCAGUAGACCAAAAAUAUGUUAUCAGUGCAAACAUCCCAGUUCAUGAUGUAGCUAAGCUCCCAGGGGUGUUAUCACAAAGAUCUUUUCAUGUUCAUCAAAUUUUGUUUCAAUUGGUCCUUAAUUAUCACGAUAUUUUUUUAAGAUCCUUGGAUCCACCUCUGUUUAUACCAAAAUACAAAGUGCAUCAUUGGCAUCCAAACUUUGAUUUGGAAAAUGUACCAGAAUUGGAAGGUGUCAUGUUGCCGAAUUCUUUAAACCAACCAUCUUCUAACCAGACAAUUUUUAACCCAUCACUAAAUAAUAUACCAGAAAAGUUGCUGAAUUGGCUCAAACUGCCAUCUGAAUCUCUUGAAAGCUUGACUAAUUGCUAUAAUAGUCGUCAAAAAAAUAACAUAUACAGUGGCCUACCAAUACUACUGUUAGCAAUACAUUUUGUUAUUGCGAGAGAAAGAAGGCUUGUCUGUUCUAUGGAAAUGAUAUAUGUUGAACUAAAGAGGUUCAAGGCAAAGGUGAGUAUGAGCUUUUUGAAGAGAGAUCUUAAGAUAUUGACCUUCCUUAUUCCCGAUUGGCUUACUCUGAUAGACUUACCAAACACAACAUAUGUGAAGAUAAUUAAUAGAAAAGAGAUGACUACUGUACUAAAAAUUAUAAAGGCUGCAACUGCUAGAAAUAAGAAGCCAUUAAAGUAAAUAAUAAAUAUUAAUUUUAUUUUUUAUGUGGAAAGAGUUAAAUUUCUGUUUAAUGUGGCUUUCCUAGAAUAGCCACAACUUUUAGCCAAAAUCAUGUUAUAAACCAGCCAGCAGAGUAUUUAUGAAGUUUUGUUAAAAAUAAUUUUGUUUUAUAUUUAUAUUGUUAUGACACUUAUUAGUGACUUUAUCAUGUUAAAUUAAGGAAUCUUUGAUUGUUUAAAACUUUUGAAAUAAUAUAGCCAACUUAAGUGUUGGCUAAACAAUGGCUUUGUGAAAGAUGUAGUACAUCCCUAAUUAUUAAGGUUUUAUUGAGUUUAUUCUUUUUAUAUAGUUUUUUUCUUUGGUUUGGAAAUUUUGUGGUAUUCCAGCCGAGUUAAGUGUUGGCUAAACCAUUGAUUUGUGAAAGUAAAAGUAUAUCCAUAAUUAAGAUUCUUUUAAUUAAGUUUAUUCUUUUUAUAUAGUUCUUUUUUUGUUUGGAAAUUUUAUUGUAUUACAGCCGACCUAAGUGUUGGCUAAACAUCGAUUUGUGAGAGUAGUAGUACAUCCCUAAUUAAGGAUCUUUUAGUUAAGUUUAUUCUUUUUAUAAUUUUUUUUAGUUUUACGUAAGUUGACGCUUUUUAUAUAGUUUCUUUGGUUGUUUAGAAAAUUAUG